GUCUUGUAGAUAUAAAUAAAGAAACUGAGGCCUUUGCUUUAUCAUUAGUACGAUUGCUAUCUUCGUCUAACGUUGUAUUCAAAAUGGCUUCUUCUAUGUUAUCUGUUUGUUUAUUGGUAGCAGUUCUGACUGUUGUGUCAUCUGCUCCAGCUGAUGAGAAACCUUUUGAUUGUCCCGACGGUGAAUAUUACAUCAAGUGUAGCCAGGCAAUGUGUUUUCAAAAGUGUGACCACUUGGUAAAUCUACCGGCUUGUCCAUCUCUACAUCCAAGCUGCUAUAGCCCUGCCUGUUUGUGUGAUAAUGGCAACUUGAGGAACUCUGAAGGCAAAUGUGUGCCUAAAGAACAAUGUGGAGUGAAGCUGGAUUGAACGCCGUUGAAGACAUUGAAUUUGUUAAUUUUGUACCAUAAAUAAACUUUAUAACAUAUCAA